UUUCCAACACAGUUGAAAGGUUGACUUAAUGAGGCAAAUAUGACAUCAGUAUAGGCUUUCUAUCAUUUAUCUAGUCCUACGAAACAGCUAAAUCCGCUAUGAUACAUUCAGAACAGCGAGCAAUGACUAGAAUACGGUGGUAUAACUUGUGCAACAGUGUCACAGUGUUAGUCUUAGUGUUGACGUUAGUCAGGACAUGGAUCAUACUUUCCCAGGUUUGUGAAUGAUCUGCAUAGACGAGAAGCGUGUUCGUUAUCAUAUAGAUGAUCAUUCAUAUCACAACACGGGGGUCUCGUGUACUAAGUUAACUAACAAAAGUAAAUGUUUCCCUGCGUGCGUACCAAGGGGUUCGCCGGCGCGGCGAACGCGUUAAUUUCUUUGCGCGAAUGGGUGCAUUCUGGGACGGACAAUGGCAUUACUACGAAUAACAGGUUCAGCAACAUUCAUGCAAAUGACCGGUUUAUGAGGGGAAAGGUCGAAGGGAAAGUGUUUUAUCUCGGCCCAACCUUAAGGCUGGGUCCUGUGGAAUGCUGAGAGCAUAGGCGGUUUCUGAGAAGUAUUAACUCAAAUGCAGCCGCUUACGGUGUCCGUAGAAACGUCCACGUGUCUUUUGAAGGUGAGACAAGUCGCUUGACGUGCUGCGACGUCUCAAGGGGAGAUAUGGGCGUUACACUGUCUGUCCUGAUUGUUGUGCCAGUUUGAACGGCUCUCGUGAAUCCGACUUCGUCAGCCCAAGAUGCCGCCGUGCGCCUAUGUGGACGGAGACCUCCUGAUCGUCAAGGCGGUCUACUUCUUCUUUUUCUCUGGAAUGGCCUGUGUCGCCCCCUACAUGUCUAUUUACAUGAGACACCUGGGACUGCUCCCAUCACAGACAGGUGUGAUCACUGCUACUAAAAACUUCACGUCCGCUUUCAUCAAACCUCUCUUGGGCAGUAUUGCAGACAAGACUGGAAGGCACAAAACAGUGGCCAUUCUGACGGUCCUGACAGCCUCUGCUCUGCACUUCUCGCUGUUGUUCGUGCCACCCGUGCCGUCAUCAUCGGGGCCACAAACGACGCAACUGGAAAGGGCCAAGACGCAGUCGUGGUUCUCCCUGACAUUCUGGUUGGUGUUCUGGAUCACGUUUACUUCUCACGGUGCUCAAUGGAGUGCAACUUCUCAGGUAGAAGCAGCAACGUAUCUAAUCACAAAGAAGAAAGAUGGCUCAACAUACGGACAGCAACGCCUUUGGGGAUCCGUAGGAUACGGCUUGCUUUCCCUGCUCUCCGGGGUUGCUAUGGAUACGUUCACCAAAAGCACCCUACCAGACAACCCUGGGAACAAGACCGACUAUUCCGUGACAUUCUACAUGUUUUUAGCCUUCAUGCUUGUAUCUUCCGGCUGCCUGCUCGUCUUGGAUGAUUGGAGCACGGGACCUUCCGUAUCGUUCCUGAAAGGCAUGGGCAGCCUUCUAUCUCAGAUACACUUGGUCAUCUUCCUGUUCGCCGUCCUUCUCUUAGGCGCGCAGGACGGCGCAGGGGACACGUUCAUGUACUGGCACCUGAAGGACCUGGGCGCCAGUCAGACUGUCAUCGGCACCAACAUGUUCGUCAGGACGGUCGCAGAGGUCCCACUGUUCUUCGUCUCCGGGUGGUUCAUAGACAAGAUCGGACACGUGUGGGCCCUGCAACUCAGUUUCCUGACGUUCGCUCUGAAUUUCCUGGGUUAUUCCUUCAUAAGAAACCCGUGGUGGGCGGUGCUGAUCGACGUGAUACACGGAUAUCAGGCGGUGACAUGGACAGCGGCGACGUCGUACGCGAGCAUGUCUGCGCAGGGUGACCUACAGGCGGUCGCUCAGGGCAUCGUUUCCGCAACUUUCUACGGACUUGGUUAUGGAGUAGGUAACCUGGUCAGCGGCCCAGUGUUCCACCGGUAUGGCGCUGUCGUGCUGUUCCGCUCUCUGACUGUCUUCUGUCUGAUCGGAUUCUUCCUGUUCUACCUGCUGUACAGGUGUUUCGGGAAAAAAGAGAACCCUACAGACCCGGGCACUGAUAGAGGAGAGGACACAGUACCGAUGCUGGUGUCUGACGAGGACAUGCCGAAGCCUGACGCGUUUCUGCACGGCGGGAGUAUAACUACUGGGGCCGGCGAGACGCUGGGCUCACUACGGCUUGUCAGACCACAGUUCGAACAACCUGGCAACGAGAUAGAACAAUUCUCUUCAUAACUGGACAAUAGUGAACAGAGCGAUAAAGAAGUCGAAGUAGUAUUGGGCCGACAAAGGAAUGGGGGUUGUCGAAUUCUUUCUUUAGCACAGUCUCUAAGCUGGCGCCACUGUCACCGACCACUAGUGGAGUUUUUUUGUCAAAAUCACCAAAGUCACGUGUAUAUUUUCAUAAAAAUCUACGCUAUCACAAUGAAUGGGACCUGUGACCAUCUUC